GUGCUGGGUUUUGGCCAGACGUUGACAACACUCUGGAAAGUUCCCUUCCCUCCGUGGGACGAAGCACCGUGCGAUGGCUAAGGGUUGUUUCUGAGGGAGCAGCGCUGACCCCAAGCACCUGCUCCCGGGAGCUUUUCCAUUCUUGACGGAGGGGAGGCAGACGGUCCAGAGGCUUGAGGGACACGCCCAUCGGGAGUUUGCACAAUAAAAGUGGUGACGGAAAAGGGAAGCAAGGCCGGCAAUAGCACGGGGCUGCUCUUCCAGACAAACAGUCCCAGCCUGUGUCCACAAUGACCGGCGUCCGGGCCACAGCGGCAGGCGUGGCCCAGGGGGCGCCUCUCUCCCGAUCCUCGACCCCUCCCCACUCCUCACGACGGCCUCAGGAGCAGGGCUCUCUCCCCACGAGCUAUUGGAAAGGCAUCAUAUUGUGAGAAAGAACACGUUUAAACAUGAAGCCCUCACAAAACGCACAUCUGAUAAAAGGCUUGUGUCCAAAAUAUGCAAAGAACUCUUACAGCUCAACAACCAGGAAACAACUAAUUAAAACGGCAAAUCCGAAAGGACAGCUCACCCAAGAAGCUACGCAGGGAGCAGACGGGCACAUCGUGUGUCACGACACAAUUGCAGCUCGAACAAGGAGCCCCCGCCACACGCCCGUGAGAACGACCCGAAUCCCGAACCCGACAGCACACACACCGGGGAGGACGCGGGGCAGCGGGAUUCUCGUUCGCGGCAGGGGCCACGCAACACGGGGCAGCCACGCUGAGGACCGUCUGGCGGCUCCUUCCAGACCUAAACACAGUCUCUCCAAUUACCUAGCAAUCAUGCUCCUGAGAAUUUAUCCAAGCGGUCUCAAAACUGUGUCCACAAACAACCGACACAAGGUGUUUAUAGCGGCUUUAUUCGCAGUUACUGAGAAUUAAAGCGACUGAGAUGCCCUGCAGGGGUAAGCGGAUAAAGUGCGGUGCAUCCAGACCAGGCGAUGUUAUGCGGCACUAAAAAGAGAUGAGCCACGGAGCCAUGGAGCCACGAACACACGGGCCUCCCGCAGAAGAACUCAGGCUCUCAGACUGGUUUCAUCCUGGGACUGCGGACCAGUACCCGGAGCUGUUCAUGCGAUCAGCGAAUAAGCACUUCAUGACCGGCUACAGAGUCGUCUUUUACAUCAUGGUGGACGCCUUGUCCAGGCUGCCGGACCUGGAGCCAGAUCCUCUCCGAACUUUCAAGGUCCUCCCCAUCAAAGGAGACCGGUGGGGUGACUUUCACCUCACACGCAUGAGUUCCCUGGCUGAACACAUACUAGGGCACAUUGAGGACGAAGUCGACUUUCUGUUCAGCAUGACCGUCAACAGGGUCUUCCAGAACGACUUUGGGGUGGAGACCCUGGGCACGUCCGUGGCUCAGCUCCAUGCCUGGUGGUACUUUAAAAACAAGGACAUCCCUUACGAGAGGAGGCCCAAAUCGGCAGUGUGCAUCCCGUUUGGGCAGGGGGACUUCUACUACGACGGCUCCGUCAUCGGUGGCCGGCCCCUGGAGGUUUUAACCGUCAUCGAAGGUUACCUGCAAGGGGUCACUCACGACCACAAGAAUGGGCUGAACAGCACCUACGAAAGGCACCUGAACAAGUAUUUUUUCACGCACAAGCCCACCAAGCUGCUGUCUCCCGAAUACAGCUGGAACGCGGCACUCCGGCCCCCCGCGCAGGUCUGGUCGGUCAAGGCCACGCGGCUCUCCCGCCGGUACUUCUGACCCGCCGGCUCCUGCAAAUGCCCAGCGGCAGGUUCCCGGGGUCACGGGCGUCCUGACGCUUUCCUGGCUUCCGGGGCUGGCGCGUGCACACCACCCAAGGGAAAUGUUUCUCCUUGCCGUUUGGAACUGUCCAGUCCCAAUCAUUAAAAAUGAUUAUUUAAUGUCUACUCACAGUGACGUUGGGACCCAUGUACUGUAGAGAGCCGGGACGUCA